CCUCCCCGUUCUGCGCCGGCGCGGAGCCCGCGAAGCGCAUGCGCGGUGCGGGGCCCGCCGCUCUGCCCCUGCUGUCGCUGCAGCUGCUGCUGUUGCCGCCUCCCUGCCGGCAAGUGUGUGAAGCAGGAGCUGAGAGUCGCCGCCGCCUCUGUCGCCAUGGGGAGAAAGUCGAGCAAAGCCAAGGAGAAGAAGCAGAAGCGGUUGGAGGAGCGAGCUGCCAUGGAUGCCGUUUGUGCCAAAGUGGAUGCCGCCAACAGGCUUGGAGACCCUCUAGAGGCUUUCCCAGUGUUCAAGAAAUAUGAUCGAAAUGGGUUGAAUGUCUCCAUUGAAUGUAAGCGAGUGUCUGGACUGGAGCCAGCCACUGUGGACUGGGCCUUCGACCUGACCAAAACAAAUAUGCAAACCAUGUAUGAGCAGAGUGAGUGGGGCUGGAAGGACCGAGAGAAACGAGAGGAAAUGACAGAUGACCGAGCCUGGUACCUCAUUGCUUGGGAAAAUAGUUCUGUCCCCGUUGCCUUUUCUCACUUCCGGUUUGACGUGGAGUGUGGGGAUGAAGUCCUGUACUGCUACGAAGUGCAGCUGGAAAGCAAGGUGCGGCGGAAAGGCCUGGGCAAGUUCCUCAUACAGAUCCUGCAGCUCAUGGCCAAUAGCACACAGAUGAAGAAGGUUAUGUUAACGGUAUUUAAACACAAUCAUGGCGCCUACCAGUUCUUCAGAGAAGCACUGCAAUUUGAAAUUGACGACUCUUCCCCUAGCAUGUCUGGUUGCUGUGGAGAGGAUUGCUCCUAUGAGAUCCUGAGCCGGAGGACCAAGUUUGGGGACAGCCAGCAUUCCCAUGCAGCUGGAUUCUCGACAGCCCCCUACAUACAUGCUUGGACAAAUGGAAUGUUCAUGCCCACCUUUAUGAAAGUCCUAGAGUCCUGGGUCUGAGGUCUGCUUGUCCCCAAAGAGGAACAGACCCAGUGUGAGAUCUGGAUGUAGAGAGAGGCUUCAGAGAGACUCACGCUUUCGUGGGUGGAACGCUCUGAUGGAGACUGUGGGAAGAUAUUUUGUGCCAAGAUACAAGGAAGCAAGCAAGGCUCUUUUUAUGGAUUCACGGAGUGGAGUUGUCUCGGGACCAGCCGACUCUGGGAGGAAGGCGGCCUCUGUCUCCAUCGCUGUCAGUGGGAGAUGCCUAGAGUACCAGGAACAAGGUGCUGUGUGGGGCCUGCUGUGGGCACGGUGGCUUCUCUGGGCUCCUGGAUUUUGCUGCAUUCUAAGCUUAACCUCUUGAUCUCACGGCAGUGACUUGAGCUUUUCAUCCAUAGAAGAAAGCCAGAGGUUCUGCUUGUUCCUCUCUGUGGCCCCUCACUGCUCUUUUCCCCCUGCCUCUCACCUCUAUCCUAGAUACCUCUGUUCUUAGUCUCAAGGGGGGAAUAACAUCAGGGAGCCCCUCAUCUUCCCCCAGAAGGACCAUUCGUUCCUGGUGUAGUUAAUGCCAUUUCCUCUCAUCUCUUGGUGCUGAUAGUUCUCUGAAGGUGUGGGGCAUCCCUCCCCACUGCCACCCCCCUCUUCAGAGAGCCCCCAGCCAGCAGCAGGCCCCUCUGCCUGCGCUCCCCAGCCUCGCCCCUCGCUGCCUCAGUGAGGCACUAGUGCCACUGCCUGGCCCAGGCGAGCCAUAGCUCAGGCUGCAACAGGAAUGCCUCUCAGUGGCCAAAACAGCUGCUUUUCUGUCUCUGGUGUCACCCUGUGGCAGCAGGUUGGAGCAGGGGGAGGAGAAGGCCUUCCUCCUCUCUCAAGGGAUAGGAUGCAGGCUCAGAACCUGUAGUCAUCCUCAUCUCUAGGCCUUGUUCCUGUUCCAGGGAAGACAAACCAAAUCCUUGUCAAGGAAAAAGCACCUAACACCUCCCCUUGGGCAUCCCUGAGCUCUGCUUUAGGGAGUAUCAAAAAGGUUCUAGCCUUUGUGAAGUUGCUCUCCUGGAAGUCUGUCAGUCCUCUGACCUCAGUGUCUGCUCACAUCCUGCCCUCUGCCCAGCUCAUGCAGUCUGUCCUGGCAGAUUUUGCCAGCGUGGUCCUUGCUUCUCACCUGGAUUCCUGCUUGUGCAGGGGCCUGUGCGUGCUGGGCCUCCCUUGCCCAGCCUGGCCCUCUGCUGAGCACUCUGUGCUGCUCUUGACCUCACCAGCAGUGGGGCCGGGUGCUCCUUGGAGAGGGCCUCGCAGCUUUACACUGGAAUGUCUGCCUUUGCCCUACCUACCCUGCUGGCUGCCGGGGGUUUCACCCCAGGUGAGAAUUGAACUUGCUGGGAGAGGGUAGGAGAGGUAGACUCUCCUAAGAAUCAUGAAACGACAGAAGCAUGUUUAGGAAGAGGUUUUCCUCUGAUCCCUGUCUCUCAAAAGACACAGAAUGAUAAAUAUUUAUUGUCUUAGAUCAUGGAUUUCUGAUACCUCCCAUUUAAGGGGACCAAGAGGAACCCCCAGUGUAAAUCCCAUGUAAGGUGAGUUCAGUGUUCUCUUUCCGGUGAUUGACACCUGGCACCAAGACUAUUGGUAGAUAGGCGCUCGGUGCAUGUCCUGCUCACCCCAGCCUCUUCAGGCCACACCCCCAAGAGCUGCUCAGGAGGUCUGGGCUGGGGCAGGAGAGGUGUCUGAGACCAGCAGAUCACUCUUGUUGGUGUCGAGCCCGUUAAUCUCUAAAACACCAGUCUUUCUCCACUUGUCCUAGGUCUUGUUUUUGAGAAACAGCAGGCCUUUUGUACUAGCCUUUCUGUUUGUUGUUUUUUGUUGAGGGGCAUGUUAAGAUAUUUUCUAAGAUUUUAAAAAUUUUAGUUGUAUUCAUCCUAUUUCAGGUUAUUUUUGUUGGCAUCAAAUGUGUAUAGGACAUGUGUAUGGUUCUUUUUAACCUUUUCUGGUCUUUUUAGAGGGAACUUGAAAUAUAAACUCCUUGAUGUAUGUAUUUUUUUCUUUAGCAAUUUGGUAUCACUGGAAUCAAAGGGAAAAAGUGAUCUCUUUUUGCAUUGGUUGUAUUUGUAUGUCACAAAUAAAAGACACUUUGUUCAGCCUA